AUGUCUAACCAAACUCACGUGUCGUACUUCAUUCUCACAGGCUAUUUUAAUGUGUCUCAGCUGAGGUAUCUGAUUUUCGUCUUUCUGGGCUUCUUGUACACAGUUAUUCUUUUUGCAAACAUUUUUCUCAUCACGGUAAUUAGCAUGAACAGAACCCUGCACGAGCCCAUGUUUGUUUUUCUCUGCAGCCUUUUUCUGAACGAGAUUUACGGCAGCACGUCCCUCUUCCCGUUCCUCCUUUUCCACAUGCUCCGGGAUGUCCACACUGUAUCUCAUUCGCUGUGUUUCCUGCAGAUAUUCUGUUUAUAUUCCUACGCUACAGUUGAAUUCUUCUCUCUUGCCGUGAUGUCGUACGACCGCUAUGUGGCAGUGUGCUUCCCGUUGCAGUACCACCUCCAAAUGAACACCCGAAAGGUUCUGGUCCUCAUCGUUAUCUCCUGGUCAUGUCCUGUGGUCAUCAACAUUAUUCCCAUCAUUCUCUCUGCUCCGUUAAAACUAUGCGGCAAUAUUAUCCCUAAAGUCUACUGCGAUAACUACUUUAUUGUAAGCAUGGCUUGUUCAAAUACCAGAGUGAACAAUAUCUACGGAUUAAUUGCCACUUUUUUAACUGUAUUUGUGCCAGUGACUUUCAUCUUAUUUACAUAUUUACGCAUUCUGUUCGCGUGUUUUCAUGCAUCGCCGCAGACCAAGCAGAAGGCUCUCAGCACCUGUAUGCCCCACUUUGUCUCUCUCAUCAACUUUUCCUUCGGCGUGUGCUUUGAGAUACUUCAGAGCAGAUUUAAUAUGAGCCAUGUACCCAAUGCGUUCAGAGUUUUGUUGUCAUUGUACUGGCUCGUAUCUCCUUCCAUUCUGAACCCAUUCAUGUACGGACUAAACAGCUCUAAAGUCAAGACUAGCUGCAUAAACCUGUUUGGAAAAGUGCAAGCAUGA